UGGUGGGAUACUGCCCCAGGACAGAAUCAUUGACGGCCGGAAUCUGAUGCCUCUGCUGGAAGGCAGGGUGGUCCACUCUGACCACGAGUUUCUCUUCCACUACUGCGGCGUCUACCUGCACACAGUCAGGUGGCAUCAGAAGGACUGUGCAACCACUUGGAAAGCUCAUUAUGUAACUCCGAAAUUCCACCCAGAGGGAGCUGGUGCCUGCUACGGCAGUGGAUUGUGUUCGUGUUCUGGAGACGUGAGCUACCACGACCCUCCAUUGCUCUUUGAUGUCUCAAGAGACCCUUCUGAAGCCCAGCCACUCAACCCUGACAAUGAAGCUUUGUUCGACUUGGUGAUAAAGAAAAUCGAGGAAGCGGUGAGAGAACACCGUAAGACAAUAAUGCCUGUCCCACAGCAGCAUUCUGUGUUCAAUACCAUUUGGAAACCGUGGCUGCAGCCAUGUUGUGGGAGCUUUCCCUUCUGUGGGUGCAACAAGGAAGAUGACAUAAUACACACUGCUCCAUGAGCACAGGGGUUACUUAUUACCAACCACAAGGAGACUGCUACAUCGGUCAAAGGGGCAAGUGGCAGCUGACUCAGUAGCACCAUUUGGGAUCAAAAAUGUGGCUCUGACUAUUUAUUUUUCCUCAAAUUUCAGUUCUUUCUCCAAGUGCUGUCGAGGC